AUUUGAGUGUUUAUAAAAAUGCAUACACGACGAUAUUACGAUUAUAGCGAUAAAUAAUCGUUAGAAAAAUAGAAGUGCUAAUUUACAUAAAAAAUACAGGUUUUGUCACCACCCCCUCGAAAAUUACAGGAAUCGGUGAAACAGAUAGAAAAAUAUGGUUACAGUGCAAUAGGCUUAGAAACUUGUUAUUUGUGAAUUUACGUGCAAUUUUAAGGAGGUCGCAAAAUUUAAACCGCUGUUAUCAGCGUAUAAAGAGAUUUAGUAAAUAUUAGGUUAUGUUAUGUGUCCGGGAGGAACGCCACUUGAAUAAAUAAAAGAUGCCUUGUGUUUGCAAAUGGCAGCCAUUACACCGGUAAAGAAUUAGCGCUUUUAUCAACAAUAUCUUGCUGUAUACACAGCAAAAAGCAAGCAAGGAACUGAGUGUGUGUUUGCAUCAUGGAGGCCGCUGUGUUAAACAGCAAUGCACCCACCAACAACGGUACGAAACCAAUUGCUCAGAAGAGCGCGCCAGCCGCUCGUGCUUCCCCGAUCCGAAAUGCCGGUGCGAAGGGGGCUAAAGCGAAAGCUCCUGUAGCUGCAAAGACCUCGCCGGUUAGUGCGAAGAUUUCGCCAAAAGCUGGAAGGCAGAAAGCGUCUCCUUCGACUCGUAGAAAGGGAGAGAAGCGGUCGGUGGAGGGGGAUGCCGAGACACCGCCGGGCAGGUCGACAAAACGCCUGCGUGUGCCGCACGUGCCCUUCCAAGUACCGAUGGAAUCGCCGAAACACACGCCCAUCAAGCACGAACCGCCCGAGGAGAAAGUGCUCUACUAUGCCAAGGGAAAGAUCGUCGCAGUUCGCAACGAAAAAGGAAGCUUCUACCUGUGUCAGACGGGGCAAAACGUAUACAAGACAACGCGUAAGUUCAAGAUGGCAUGGUUAAGCUUGGAACAGACGCCCAACAUAUACAAGGUUGCCUAUCCCGACCAGGUUGACCAAGAGACAGUCUUAACAAAUGUUAAGGUUGACAGAGUCGCACGUCAGACUUUCAAGCUGCCCAACUCGGAGAAAGAUCGAAUCGAGUUGAUCCUGCAGCGUGCCAUUAAGCUGGAGAAUGGGCAGCUGGGCGAUGCUGAGCUAGCAGAGUUCAAAGCAAUGCAAGAUGGCACGAUCCCAAUUAAGUCCCGGAAGCGAAAGAAACACAAAGUGGAGGAGGAGGAGGAGGAAGAAGAAGACGAGGCUGACGAGGAGUCGGACGAAGAAGACGAGGAAUCAGAAGAGGAGUCGGGGGAAUCAGAGGAAGAGCGGCCGAAGAGGAAGCCAGCGAAGCAGCCGUUCAGAGGCGUAAAGACUCCUGGACAGAAGAAGGAAGUAGUCAUGGUGAAGCCAGGCAGAAAACCGGGACGACAAAAGACCAAAGUGGUGUCCACUAAGGUGAAGAAACCAGCUGUGACUGAAAUAAAGAAACCAGUUAAGCAGCCGCCACCACUGCAGCAAGCAAAGGCGGUAAAGACAGAAGUGAAGGGAAGGAAGGUCACCCAUCCAAACCAGCGACUACAGACUAACCCAAAAGUCCCUGUUUAUGACACCGACCCCAUGUUUGAAGCCACUACUACGCCGACAAUGCCGUUCUCAGUGUCCUCCUACAGUAAGUUGGCCAUAAGAGCUGUUCUUGUCAAGGACACGAAGGCCUUGCGGAAGAUGGUCGACGAUACAAAGUCCGUGUGUAGCAUGAGAGUGAGUCGAUCGAUCGACAUCAAGUACAACGCGUUGCACUAUGCGAUCCUUGCCAACAACAAAGAAGCCAUCACCAUUCUGCUGCAAGACCUCAAAGAUCCGAAGAAACGCGUGAAGCCAACGCCAAGCCUCCUGAAGACACAGGAGCCGGGCAAGGGCAGUCACUACAUGCUGGGCCACGCGACACGACCUAUAGUGAUGAGUAGAGGUGGCAAGGAAGGGAAUAAUGCAUUAACCAAGGACUUGACUGGGCCUGAUCGAACAACCGGCGACACCUACAUUCGCUUUGCACUGAAGCAGCCCGGUGUAUCGUGGGAAACAGUUGAACAUCUCAUCGCGGGAUCGGGUCAGAAUGCGAUGAGGAUGGCGUGCAACAACGUGCACGAGGCUAUAAGCGCCGGAAACAGACGCGUCGCGAGCAAGCUCAUGGAGAUGAUGGUGGACAAGAUGGGAGGAUACGGCUUCAACGAGCUGCACAAGGAGGUUCUGAUAAAUGACCAGAAGGAUUUGAAAACAUUCCGCGCUGUCUCGAUUAAGAAGAAACCUAUUGACAAUGCUGGGGUCACCCCGAUCCACUGUGCCUGCAUCAACCCGAACCCCAAGUAUCUUGCAAAGCUGCUGUCUGUUCAGUCGAAUCUGAACCUCGCUGACAAGUACCAUCGCCGGCCUGUCCACUACGCCGCGGCCUGCGAGGGCAAGGGGCCCCUAGAGCUGCUGCUGGCAAGGAACGUGAGCCCGUUCGAGGUGGACAGCCAGCAGCGUAGCCCCCUGAUGGUGGCUGCCUACUUCGGCCGCACUCACAACGUCGAGCUGCUGCUGAAGAAAGCAAAGUCAGAUCAGUCGAGUACAUCCGAAGGGACGGGUCACGGUCUAGCGGGAGUCAACCAAGCUGACAGGAGAAAGUUCACAGCACUGCAUGUCGCCUGCUUGAAGGGUCACCUGAGCACGGUGAAGGUGCUGCUGCGCUACGGCGCCGACGUGGAGCAGCCUGCUGGACCCUCGGCCAACCGGGCGACUCCGCUCAUGAUCGCCUGCGCGCAGGGUCACUAUGAGCUUGUCAAGUACCUCAUCGAGCAGGGAGCCAUCAUCGAGAAGAAAGAUAAGCUGAAGCGGACGCCCGUGAUGCACGCGGUGAUGAACGGACACGCGCACGUCACCUCGCUGCUGCUGAAUGCCGGCGCGUCGCCGAACAACGCCGACUCAUCGGGCAACACGUGCGCUCACUACGCGGCCGGCUACAGCUGGUACGACUGCCUGCAGCUGCUCAUCCGCGCCGGCGCCAAUAUCAGCGCCGAGAACGCGUGGAAGUUGACACCGUUUGCAGCGGCCUUCCUGAAGGGACAUCGUGAACUGGCCAGCUUUCUCUCUGAGCAGCCAUCCGUCAAUAUCAAUUGCCGCAAUGAUGAAGGCAUGACACUAGUGAUGCAGGCCUGCCAGAGUGCACUCGCACCUGACCUUGUGGAGGAGAUCUUCUACAUUGUGAAGACGAAGAAAGCCGACUGCACACUCGUAGACGCUCACGGCUCGAACGCGCUGCACCACCUCGCCAGUCAGAGCAUGAAGGAGUCGGCCAACGCGCAGCAGCAGGAAGAGGGCGCCGCGGUCAGCGCGAAGCAGGUGUGCAUGAAGAUCGCGCGCGUGCUGCUGGACAACAAGUGCGACCCGGCGCUCGUCAACACCCUCGGCAAGACGCCGCUCACACUCGCCGUCGAACAGGGUAACACAGCUCUAGUUGAGCUGCUCAUCGCAAACGGAGGAGGCAACUUGUCAGCGGAGACGAACGCAGACGGAGAGAAUGCGCUGCACGCGAUGGCUACCAACUGUGGAAUCAUGGACCUCGCGCCUGUGCUAUCUCUCCUCGUGGACUCGUCGGCUGCCGUCGCCGAGAUGGUGAAGUCGAUGGCGAAGGUUCGCGACUGCAAGGGCUUCACGCCUCUGCUGCGAUGCUGCCUCUGCUACCAGCAGUUUCGAAACUGGCUUCACGGGGAGAAUCUGGCCAAGCAUCAGGCGCAGAUCCGGGACAUGAUGAAGGCACUGUUAGAAGUGGCAGGCUCCGACGUUAAUGCUACCGUGGAGACAGAAUCUGCAAUGGAGAUUGUGGAUCCAAAUGAUAAGAAGCGGGCGGUUCACCUGCUCGUUGAGUGCACUAACGAGGAACCGCAGCUCGUCGACGGCAGCAAGCGCUCCGAACCCGCGCUGCGGCUGCUGCUCUCCUACACUCCCGAGCUGGACGUGUACGACGGCGGUGGCAGCACGCCGCUAACGACCGCCAUCGCGCUGCUGAAGGAAGACGCGGUCAAGCUGCUCUUGGAUGCCGGUUGCAAUCCAAACCUGCUGUCGAAGAGAAGUCAUGAGGAGGGCAUGUCACCGCUUCUGCUGGCUGCAAAUAAGCACCUCGCGGUGUGUGUCAAGUCUCUCGUGGAGAAGGGAGCCGUAUUAAGCUUUGAUACAAACCGUAUAAAGCUUUGAUAAAAACCAUAUAAA